GUUCUUUGUCGUUGACCUUUCUUCACGACAACUUCAUCUUCUCCUCUUUUCAUCAUCUUUUCAUGAAUUUUCCUUUGUUGCAGAUUUGACUCAAACUCCAACAGUAUCUUAGUGUAGUCUAAAAAUAGCGAGUUCAUCCAAAUUAGGAAAGCCUGAAAAGCCACGCAAGUUUUUUUUUUUUUUUUUUUUUUUGAUUUGUUGUUAAAAUUGAGAUAGAUCCUCGUUUGGAUCGAGAAUUAAAGAACAAGAAUCUUGAAAGCCGCCACACACAGUAUAUCCAGAUAAGAUUCUCAAGGACAGAGAGAAAUGGCGACGGACUUCAAGUCUUUACCAGUCAUCGACAUAUCUCCUCUAUUGGCCAAGUGUGAUGAUCCCGACAUGGCAGAGGAUGCUGGCGUGGCUAAGGUUGUCCGGCAACUUGAUAGAGCUUGUCGUGACGCCGGGUUCUUCUACGUGAUAGGCCAUGGGAUUUCAGAGGAUCUUAUCAAUAAAGUCAGAGAGAUCACUCGUGAGUUCUUUAAGCUUCCUUAUGAAGAGAAACUUAAGAUCAAAAUGACUCCAGCUGCUGGAUACAGAGGAUACCAGAGAAUUGGAGAAAAUGUAACCAAGGGCAUACCAGAUAUACACGAAGCGAUCGAUUGUUACAAAGAGUUAAAGCAAGGGGAGUAUGGAGAUACAGGAAAGGUUAUGGAAGGUCCAAACCAGUGGCCAGAGAAUCCUCAAGAGUUUAAGGAGUUGAUGGAAGAGUAUAUUAAGCUAUGUAUAGAUCUUUCUAGAAAGAUCUUGAGGGGCAUCUCCUUAGCCCUUGGUGGAUCACCUUAUGAGUUUGAAGGAAAGAUGGCUGGUGAUCCUUUUUGGGUGAUGCGUCUUAUUGGCUAUCCAGGUGCUCCUUUCACAAAUGGCAAACCUGAAAAUGAUAUCGGAUGUGGAGCUCACACUGACUAUGGCUUGUUGACUCUUGUGAAUCAAGAUGAUGACAAAACUGCUCUUCAGGUGAGAAAUUUGAGUGGCGACUGGAUAUCAGCCGUUCCCAUCCCCGGAUCAUUUGUAUGCAACAUCGGCGACAUGUUAAAGAUACUUACAAACGGAGUUUACGAAUCCACACUUCAUAGAGUGAUCAAUAACUCUCCUCAAUACCGUGUCUGUGUCGCAUUCUUCUACGAGACUAACUUCGACGCGGUGGUGGAGCCAUUGGAUAUAUGUAAACAGAAGUACCCUGCAGGGAGAGAAGGAACCCAAGUUUUCAAAAAAGCUGUCUAUGGAGAGCAUCUGGUAAGCAAAGUCCAGACAAACUUUGCUAUGUAAUGGAAGAUAGAUCUUCUCAGCUUCUUUGUACAUAAUCCACCAACUUUAGCUUCAUGUUUGAAUUGUAAUAUUCACUCUUUGUCAUCAAAUCAAUCGAUACACAUGCUGAUCUGUUCAAAAAAUAAAAUAUGUUGGAUAUA